AGGCGUAAAUAUGACCGAAGUCAAAUACAAUAACGGUCCGGACCAGGUGAUACCGACAGAGCUGCGGUACACACACGAGCUGCGCGGCGCCGUCAAAAUCCGCGUGCCGGAGGACUACACGGCCAACAGCAAACCAAUCAGCGUGCCCACACUGCUGAAGACCACGGCGGAACGAUGGCCGGACCGGAGCGCUAUGAACGUGAAGCGGAACGGCGUGUGGCAGAGCACCUCGUUCGCCGAGUACCACCAGCAGGUGCGCACCGCCGCCAAGGCCUUCAUCCAGCUCGGACUGCAGCCCUUCGACGGCGUGGCCAUCAUGGGCUUCAACGCGCCAGAGUACUUCGUCGCCAACAUGGGCACCAUCAUGGCUGGCGGCGUGUCGACGGGCAUGUACACGACCUCGUCUCCGGCCACGUGCCAGUUUUACCUGACUAACACGGACAUCUCGGUGGUGGUGGUGGAGAACGACAAGUACCUGCAGCGCAUCCUCGAGGUCAAGGACAACUGCCCAAAGCUGAAGACGAUCGUCCAAUACCUGGGGAAGCCCACCGUCGGCGGUGUGCUCUCGUGGGACGAGUUCAUGGCCCAGGGGGCGCUGUGUGACGACUCUCGCCUGGAGGAGCGGCUGCGCGGAAUCGCCGUCAACCAGUGCUGCUCAGUCAUCUACACGUCGGGGACCGUGGGCCAGCCGAAGGGCGUCAUGAUCAGUCACGACAUCUUCACGUGGACGGCCGAGCACGGCUCGCAGUGCGCCAACUUCCGUGACGCCGAGGACAGCACGGUCUCGUACCUGCCGCUCUGUCACGGCGCCGCCCAGAUCGUGGACGUGUACGCCGCGCUGCGGGCCGCCUGCACCAUCUACUUUGCGCAGCCGGACGCGCUCAAGGGCUCCCUCAUCGAGACCCUCCGCGAGGUGCGACCGACGCUCUUCCUCGGAGUGCCGCGAAUCUACGAGAAGAUGUACGAGAAGUUCAGCGGAGCGCUGGCCGCCGGAGGUCUUCAGGUGUCUCUCCUCAACUGGUGCCGCGCCCAGUCCUCCGCUUACUGGAAGGCCAAGGAAAAGGACAUCAACACCCCGGUGCCGUGGAGCCUGACGAUAGCAGACAUCAUGCUGCGCCGGGUCCGCGAGAAGAUCGGUAUGGACCGCAUCCGACACGCGGGCACCUCCGCGGCGCCCAUAUCGCCCGAUACGAUGGCGUUCAUCCACAGCCUCAACAUCCCAGUCUUCGAGAUGUACGGUCUAAGCGAGACGUGCGGACCUUCAACGAUCAACAACCACAUGGGCUUCAAGCUGGGCAGCAUCGGGCGGGUGUUCCUAGGCUGCAAGCUCAAGAUCCGCGACCCUGACGAGGAUGGAAACGGAGAGAUCCUGCACUGGGGAAGGAACAUCUUCAUGGGGUACCUGGGCCGGCCGGACGCCAACAAAGAGACGAUCGACGACGAGGACUGGCUGCGGACCGGAGACGUCGGCCGGGUGGACGAGGAAGGCUACGUCGCCAUCACGGGACGCAUCAAGGAGCUGCUGAUCACAGCAGCUGGCAAGAACGUGGCCCCAGUACCCAUCGAGGACACCAUCAAGUCUGAGCUGCCGGCGCUGAUCAGCAACUGCGUCGUGGUCGGAGACCGGCGCAAGUUCCUCGCAGCCCUCUUCACGUUCAAGGUCGAGAUAGACCCUGAUUCGGGCGCGGCCACCGACAAACUGCUCAACACAGCCCGGAAAUGGCUCGACGAGAGAGGCGUGAAGGCCACUACCAUCUCAGAAGCACUCAAGGAGCAAGAUAAGUACCGCGACGACAUCCAGAAGGCAGUCACCGCCGCCAAUAACAAGGCCGAGUCUCACGCGUGCUUCGUGCAGAAGUGGCGCCUGCUCGAUACAGAGUUCUCCAUCCCUGGCGGGGAGCUGGGGCCCACGCUCAAGAUGCGCCGCAAGGUCAUCAUGGAGAAGUACGGCAAGAUCGUGGAAGAGAUCUACAGCGGAUGAGCCGGGAAUGAGCUGCGGCUGAGCCGGCAAUGAGCCGAGGAUGAGCCGGGAAUGAGCUGCGGAUGAGCCGAGGAUGAGCCAGAGAUGAGUCGCGGAUGAACCGGGGAUGACGCAGGGAUUAGCCAGGGUUGAGUUGGGGAUGAGCUGUGUUCGUGACGGCUGGGUACGGACUUUGGGGAGCUAACUCAGUGAGUGUUGAGUUUGGCGUGUAACAUGAGCCUGAGUGAUGUGUGUAGGGCGAGCUAGUGAUCUUGUCGGGACUGGCAGAUAUGAGCCAAAAGUGACUGAGCUCGACAGAGCAAAGCUUGAGAACAUUGUAGGUUACGAAUGAGGUUGGGUUGAGGGCGAGCCUGUCCUGCGGAGGAGCGUGCGAUGAGUGAGACAAGAGCUAGGGUAAACGUGUUCUGAACGCGAGCGCCCCUUUGUACCGGGCACUAGUCGAGAGUCGACUUAGGGCUGAGAACAAGUGCUCGACAGGGGCUCAAGAGACAUUUCAUUACAUUUGAUAUGGAAGGGUGACGUGGGUAAAAAUGAUAUUGUUUUUUGAACCAUGACAGUGGUUUAGAUGAGGUAUUAUAAGUUUACAAAAUCAUGUUGAGAUAGGCGGCACUACUAUAGCUACGAACCUUGUGGCUGAAACUGAACUUUAUCAAACGUUUUUGAGCUCCAAUUCGACUGCUUUCAUAAUGUGUUCGCCGUGUGUGCUGUCUUUGAUAGAAUCGUUGUGAUUGUCUGGAUCGAUUUUAUGACAGAGGCAAGUGCUCAAGAGGCGAGCUUCACAACUGUGGAAGAACGUUUACAAUAGUGUUGAGUCGAACGGAGGCGGUGCGCCGUUUAGGCGUUUAUUCAUGACUUCCGUGAAUGAAGCUCAGGCAUAUUGCACUCUGCACAUAUAUAUGUAAGCGAUGACUGUGCGUGACUUAAUUGUGACAACUGACGCAUGCCUGGCUCGAGAUUCUUGCGCAUCAUGGAGAGCAAUCGCCUUACAAUGCAAAACAUUGUUGAGAUUUGUGCAUGAAUGUCGACACAUGCACUGGCCUCAGAGUAGUCGUCGCUGACUCAUACAUGGGUACAAAUGGGCAUGACAAGAAUAUGGGUAAAUGGAAUGAAUAAAUAGCGACGCUGGAGAGGAGAUAUCCAGAGGCACAAGGACGACUUUCUGUGGCACUGAGUGUCGAUGUGAAAGCGUCUGUAUGGUAGUUCACUGCAAUGUAUUCCCAAAUGUGCCUUAGGUGUUUUGUUAUGUAUGAGAUUGUUUGGUUCAGCGAAUAUACGAAUUACGUACAUUGCUA